AUGUUACACUCAGAUUAUACAAAUCCAAUUGAUGCUUAUGGUUUAGAUCUUAGAGGAUCAUUUGUUGGUGUGGUAAGAGAAACUUUUGAAGAAAUUUUGGAAUUGUAUGAAAAACGUGCUGCUAUACUGGGGUUUUCAAUAAGAAAACAUACAACUAGAUUCAAACAACACACAAAAAUAGUAACUGAGAAAAACUAUGUGUGUUCUGCUGAGGGAAAGAUACAUUCAGGUCAGAAGAAAACAAAGUUAGUUGAAAUGGUUGAUGAAGAGGAUGUAAAUGUAAAAACAAGAAAGCCAAGACAAGUAGCCAUUACAAGAUCGAAUUGCAAGGCAUGCAUAAGAGCAAAAGUGAAUACAGAAGGACAGUUUGAGGUGGUGGCUCAUGUUAUUCAGCAUAACCACGAGCUAACAAAGCCACAGUGGCAUUAUUUGCAUCGUUCUGAAAGAAAAAUGACAGAGGAAAAAGCUGAAGCAAUCAAAAUAAUUAAAUCUUCAGGUCUAACUACAAUGGACACUUACAAUUACAUGGCUACAGAGGCUGGAGGAGAACAGAAUGUAGGCCAUAGUGUUGUAGAUCACCUGAAUUUCUGCUCAAGGUUAAGAAUGGAACAAAUUGAGGCUGGAGAUGCUCAAACUUUAGUGAACAUUUUAAGUCAGGAACAAUCAGAGGAUCCAAACUUCUUUUUUAGAGUGAAGUUUGACAAAGAAGGAAGAAUUUGCAAUAUCUUUUGGAGAGAUUCAAUGAUGCUAGAAGACUAUAGGAUAUAUGGAGAUGUUCUUGUCUUUGAUACAACAUACAUAACCAACAGAUAUAAUCUUAUAUGUGCUCCAUUUGUUGGCAUAAAUAACCACUGGCAUAAUUGUAUGUUUGCAUGUGCUUUUAUUGGGGAUGAAAUGACAGAUUCAUUUGUGUGGUUACUACAAACCUUCAUCAAAGCUAUGGAGGAUAGAAAACCAACUUCAAUAUUCACUGACCAGGACCAAGCAAUGGCAAAUGCAAUUCUGGAGGUGAUUCCUAAUACAAGGCAUAGACUUUGUAUAUGGCAUUUGGAGCAAAAUGCCAUAACUAGAUUUGGAGCUCUUAAAAAAGACAAAGAAUUCAAAUUUGCAUUCAACCAGUGCUUAAAGAUGUGUGUGACAGAACAAGAAUUCGAAGCAAAGUGGCAGGCAAUGUUGCAGAAAUAUGAGUUCACAAAACACUCUUGGUACAAAAGAGUGUAUGAGUUGAAAGACAAAUGGUGUCCUUCCCUUAGUAGAGAUUUCUUUUCAGCAGGGAUCUUAUCGUCACAAAGGAGUGAAAGCACUAAUCAUGCUAUAGGAUUCAGAGCAAGUAAAGCAACUACUUUGACAGAGUUUUAUACCAUAUUUAAGAAGACAACCAAUCGUUGGAGAAGCACAGAGAAAUAUGAUGAGUUUACCUGUAGCAAGUCAAUAGCAUUCACUUCAUUGCCUCUGUCUGGAAUGCUAAAGCAUGUUGCACAGGUUUUCACUUUAUCACUCUUUAGAGAUUUUAAAGAGGAGUUUGAAUACUCUAUGGCAACAACUGUUCAGAUAAUUCUACAUUUGCAUUCAGUAAUAAAAAUACCAGACAAGUAUGUUUCAAAAAGAUGGACUAAGUUUGCAAAAACAGAGGCAUGGGAUAGAUUGAAGAAUCAGGAUCCUAAACAGCAAUAUAUUCCAUGGAGGCAAACAAUUAUGAGGAAAUACUACAAUCUAAUCUUAAAAAGUCAAGAAAAUGAAGAGACAAGAGCAUUUAUGGAAGAAAGCUUCAGAAACAAUCUUAAAAUGGUGGAAGACUUACUUGCUAGUGCUGAUCAGAAAGAAAGUGUAGAAGCUUCUUCUAACAUUCCUGAUGUGGCAGAUAGCACUCAAAGCAAUACUGACGUUUCUUCAGCAUCGAGUACAAGCACAAGUGUACCAAUAAUACUUGAUCCUAAAAGGGCUGUAACAAAAGGAAGAAGCAAGAGAGAAAAAGGAGGACUUGAAAAAAGCAAGAGAAAAAGAAAACCAGCACUGCCACCUCCAAAUUCAGAAUUUGGAUCAAAGACACCUAACUUACGACUCUUUUAA